GAGUUAGUUUGUGGAACGUAUGAUCCCUGUUGCACAUAAGUUUGAACAAAUUUUUUCCUCACCCUUUCCUUUCAAGAUUAUAAUGGCUGAUAAUAAAUUUUUACCGAAAUUAUCACAAAAUUUACUUGAAAUUUUAAAUGAUGAAGAAUUUUAUGAUAUUACAAUUGAAGUUGGCAGUGACCCUUAUGUUAAAGUAUUUCGUGCCCAUAUAGUUAUUUUAAAUUAUCGUUCUCCUUAUUUGCGUAGAAUUUUAUCAACUAAUAAAAAGAAAAAUGAUGGAAUUUUGACAAAUAUUAAAUUACCAAAUAUUUCACCUGAAUUUUUUCAUGUAUUAUUAAGAUAUAUUUAUGGUGGAAAACUUUCUUUGGAAGAAUAUGAUAUUUCAGAUAUCAUUAAAAUCUUGGUUAUUGCUAUCGAACUUAACCUUCAAGAGUUAAUUCCUUAUAUAGAAUCUUUUUUAAUUAAAAACAGAACAAACUGGUUGGAACAAAAUUUUGAAUUAAUAUAUCAGACAAGUUUUGAAAACGAUUCUUUCUUAGAACUUCAAAAAUAUUGUACUGAUUUAAUUUAUAAAGAACCAGAAAAGAGAUUUAAUUCUCCAAAUUUUUCUACAAUUCCGGAAAGACUUCUAAUCACGCUUAUCCAAAAUGAUAAUCUUCAAAUGAAAGAAAUUCAAGUAUGGGAAUAUGUAAUUAAAUGGGGACUCGCUCAAAAUCCAGGACUUCCUUCUGAUCCUACAAAUUUUUCAAAGGAUGAUUUCAAUACUUUAAAAAACACCUUACAACAAUGUAUUCCUUUCAUUAGAUUUCAUAAUUUAAAUUCAAUAGAAUUUUCAAAGAAGGUAUUGCCUUAUAAAAAAAUUUUAUCAAAGGAAUCAUAUAAAGAAUUAUUAAAUCAUUUUUUGGAAAACGACAUCAAGGAAUCAUUACCUCGUAUAUCUGUUCCAAAACAAAAAUCUACAUUAGAUAUUGCUAGGGUUACAAACAGUGAUAAAGAGUCACAAAAAUAUGUAUCAUUGGCAUCAGGUACAUCUACGAGACGAUUAAUGGGACAUGAUAAUAAUAAGCAAAAUGUUUCAACUAACAAGAUUAAAAAUAUUGAUUCUAAGAUAAUUACACCUCAACAUGCUGGAAUAAUUUCAAAAUGGAUUGAUAGACUAGAAAUUACAGACAAGCCGACUACUUCCUAUGAAUUCAAAUUAUUAUAUCGUGAUUCUCGUGAUGGAUCUAGUGGGGCGUUUAACAGGUUUAAAAAGUUCCAUGAAAUUUGUGUAGAUCAACCUCAUACUGUAACAUUAGUUAAAGCUGAAGGUAAUAACGAAAUUCUUGGAGGAUAUAAUCCUAUUGAAUGGAAAUUUGAUGGUAAUUAUGGUGUUACUAAGGAUAGUUUUAUAUUCUCAUUUAAUAAUGGUGAUAUUGAAGAUUACAUUUUAAGUCGCGUAAAGAAUGAAAAGAAAGCUAUAAGUAAGAUCGAUAGAUAUAGUAUAGGUCCAUCAUUUGGUGAUGGCGACCUGAGUUUAUACCAAGUUUAUACUUAUUUAGGAAUCAAUUGUAAACUUAGAACUUAUGAAAAACUGAUCAGCAAAGCCGAUUAUUCAGGCUUUUUAGAAAUUGAAAUAUUUAAAAUUGAGUAA